AUGAUUUUUGUGCGCAAAAAUACUGGGCCAAAAAGACGUGGCGCAAUGCGACACAAUCGAAGACCAAUGAAAACUGUUAGUUUUUCAUUGGAUGGAGAAGAAGAGGAAGAAGAUGAAGAAGCUUGUCAGGUGAGGCAAUUUUUGAAUGGAUGUUCUAAAUUCAUGUAGAAUUCAUUUGUGGAAUCUAGAAAAAACCAGUGGAAACCCCCGAAUUUUUUAAGUUUCAAAUAUUUCAUAUCAUUCUGAAUGUUGAAAACACUUGUUUCAUUAUUUCUUUAAAUUUGAAAAUAAUAAAAAAUUUAAAAAAAAAGAAAUGUAUAGUUCUUGAAUUUUCAGAGAUGAAUUUCAUUUUUUUUGAGCUCCAUAAUUUUUUCUCAACGUUCGGACUAAUCGAAAAACUUAUGAAUCCCAAAUGUCAACACUUUUUUUUCUGCAGAAAAAAAUCUCGAAUCCAAUAACCCUUCCCAUUUUCCGUUUCCGCAUACUAAUUUUCUUCUACGACAUUUUUUUCCAAAAAAAAUAAAAUCCCAAGAGACCCGAAAAAUCUGAUUUUUCGAUGCCUCGAUGCACUUUGUGUGGGCUAUAAUUACUGUACUCUUUCUGUAUGAAAAAAAUAUCUUGAUCAUGUUCCUUUGAAUAAGAAUACUGUAAAUCGGUAUUUCAAAUCUGUAACUAUCAGAUAACUAAAUAAAUAGCUUUCAAUUAGCUACAGUAAUCCUUCAACAUUUUGUGUAGAUCAAAAAUUCAAAAAAAAAAUCCCAAUUCUCAACCAAAAAAAAUUUGCGAUUGUAAUCUGUAAGAAAAAUGAGGAAAAGAAGAGGCAAGGUCCCCGAGGAAUAGUUUUUGUUUUGUUUUUUCUGCUCGUUGUUGGUGCCUGACCGGGUCGCAUUUGUCACAUUUUGGUGGACAAACCAGGCUGGCGGCGGGCAAAACAAGGACGAAACAUAUAUUUUUCUUUGCUGUUUUUUUUUCGUUCGAAAAGGCAGCGAUUUUUUGGAGCUUUUUUUCUGCUGUAGAAAUAGGAAGAACAAGAAGCUGAACUAUUUUUGAGCAAUUUCUGAGGACAAAUUUUUGCUGUUUCUGUUUCAAAAUUCUUUCUCUCUUCAUUAUCUUGCAAAAUUUGGAUUUUCUGAAUCGCACAACUAUUUCUCAAAAAUUUUCUGUUUCAAAAUUUCACCUUGUUUUUCUACGUUUCAAAAAUCUUGGAUAAUAUUUUUUCAAAAUUAUGUAUUUGUUUUUGCAGUUAUAUCUACAAAAAAAUCCGUAAAAUUUCCGACUUUCUGCGAAAUGAGCUAUAUUCUAAUCAACUUUUUCCAUCUUUCAAAAAUUUGGCAAAUUUUAUUUUAUGACAUUUUUAUGAAGAUAUCUGAUCUACUCUAACUCAACCCAAAGCUCCAUAUUUUUCAUUUAUAAAUUUUGUUUUUAGAAAUUAGUUCGAGUUCGAUCGGAUGAAAUGCCAUCAAGUCGAAAAUCGGAUGAUUAUAUCGAACCUUUGCCAUAUCCCGGUGGAUCAAGAUUUGAUUCGGAAAUUGCAGAUGAUGAAAUAUUGGAAGAUCCAAUUGAUAAAUCGAAAAGUUUGCAUGUUCCACCACUUUUUUCGUCAAGAAGAGUUUCGCCAAGAAAAUCUAUAAGAUCUCAAUCAGAAGAUGAUUAUCGAUAUACAUCAAUUCGAUCUUUGUGGUUUGAUUUUUGUGAUCGAACAAGUUCACAUGGAAUACCUUAUGUUGGGUUAGUUUUUUGAGGGGGAAAAGAAAGGUGGGAGUUUCAAAAACCGUAUUAUUUCAGAACUUCAUCAUUUUUUGGUCGUUGGGUUUGGGCUGCUGUAUUCAUGUGUGCUCUAAUGUCAUUCUUGAUUCAAACUUAUUGGACAAUGUCCGAAUAUUUACACUAUCGAACAAUUAUCGAAAUGCAACUUCAAUUUCAAGCUGCUCCAUUUCCAGCUGCAACUGUUUGCAAUUUAAAUGCCUUCAAAUAUAGUGAACUUAUUCAAUAUAAGGAGAUUAAAACUGGGGUGAGUUUAGAUCUUUAGUAGAGAACUUCACAGUAUUAUCUUUUUGUUUAGUUCGAUGUUUGGGAUCGUGUGAUAAAUGCGAGACAAAUGAAUGAGUUGUUGAGAGAAGGUGGAAAGAAUUUGGAUCAAAGUUUGCUUCCGAUUAAUGUUAGAAAGUGA